AUGUCAGAUCCUCUCUCCAUCGCAGGCAGCAUCGCUGGUAUAGUCCAACUAUCCGCAUCCGUCUUCCAGCAGGUCUCCAAGUUCAUAAAAGAUGCCAAAGGAGCUGAAAAGACCGUCAAAGAUCUUGCUGACCAAACCAGAAAUCUGUCAGGGGUUUUGCAGAACCUUUCCCUCCUUGCGUCGUCACUCGAACAAGAGACCUCUAUUUCGGCAUUCAAGGCACAUCAUCUCCACGCUUGUCGGCAAACUCCACUCGCUGUCGAAAAACGUCUCGACAAGCCGUUGUCCGGAUUCAACGAGGGAAGUAGACGGGAAGCAGUGUACCGCAGCCUGAAAUGGCCUUUCUCCGUUGAUGACACUAAGGGCCUGCUUGCACAAAUUGAAGGUCAUCGAAGCACUGUUUCUCUGGCCCUGUCUAUAGACACUCUCGAGAGUAUGUUGAAGUGUUUGGAAAAGCAAGACAGCAUCAUUGGAAGCAUCAAUUCAUUGAUUCAGAAAGUGGAGCGCCCAACCGCCAUUCAGACCAGGAUCGAGUAUGAUGAAAAGCGUCAAAAGAUAAUCGACUAUUUCAUGAAGGUCAAACCUCAGGUCAACUUACAAACGUCGAGUCGAUUACGCCAACCCCUGACUGGACUAUGGCUCACAGAGAGUAAUCCUACUUUUUUGAAGUGGGCUGACCUCCCGCGCUCCGGUCUCUGGUUGAGUAGAAUCCCCGGAGCUAGGAAGACGAUUCUAUCCAGCAUGGUCAUCGAGAAAACCCUACAAAAAAGCAGUCAAUCGGUCGCCGUAGCAUUCUUCUAUUGUGAUUACAAAAACAUUGACGGCCAGAAGCUUCUCAUCGUCUUAAGCACAAUAGCCGUCCAAUUAGGCCAAGAGAACCACGAGGCUUUCGGCAUUCUUGAGGAAUACCACGCGGGGUUGCAAUCGGCAAGUGGUCUUAAUGCAGAACCUGAGCCAAAAGAUCUGCUUGAUCUGAUAUUGACCAUCAUCUCGGUGUACGCAAAGGUCUUCAUUGUCUUGGACGGGCUUGACGAAUGUGGAGACAACGUGGCGGAAGUAGCUGAAGAUAUCAAAUUCCUUUUUGAGGCAUCGUCAUCCGCCAGCAUUGCAGUGUUCAGCCGAGACGAGCCGGUAAUUCAAGACGAGUUCGCAGCUGAGUUCGCUCAUAUCGAGAUUGCGGCUCAUACAGAAGACCUCGAUAUCUACAUCCGUGCCGAGAUGGCCCACAGAAGACAACCGCACAAUCUCAGCAUCCAGAAUCCGCUAUUUGCCGAAGAGAUCCGGCACCAGCUUGUCAACGGAGCACAAGGAAUGUGA